GGUGGGUUUCAUCGGGUGGGCCCAGCGGGACAGGGCCGGGUGAAAUUAGGGAGGGGGCUGGGCUGGGGCGCAAUGGAGGCCGAGCCAGCCCCGGACUCCUCGAUGCCAGCAAAGCUGCUGGCGCCACCCUGUCUGGACCUGGAGCCGCUGGGAGGAUCCCCCUCCCAGGAGAAGCCGAGGACCCCAGGAUGCUGCAGAAUCAGUGGGAGGUGCGUAAGGCCAAACCCCUUCCCCAGACCCCGCUAGCACUUCACCAGCUGGUUCAGUGAUCAGGGGGUCGUGACCUCUCGUUCCUGGGGUUAUCGAGAAGUGGCAAUUUUAUAAUAGUUGCUGAAACUUACAAAGAGGUUCUGGUCCCCAGAGACACUUGGGGUCAUCUAGGGAUCAGAGGCCAUGCAAUUCCAUGUCUCUGGGGCUGAUAUAGGCACUCCCCAGGGAUCAUCCAGGGGUUAGGGAGGGCAAGUCAAUAAUAAUGAAAAUGAUAAAAAUCGUAAUCAUAUUAUGGCAAGCCAGCGGCGUGGUGGCGCGCGCCUGUAAGUCCCAGCUACUCGGGAGGCUGAGGCGGAAGGAUCGCUGGAGCCCAGGAGUUCUAGGCUGCACUGAGUCCUGAUCACGCCCCUGCACUCCAGGCGGGGGUACAGAGUGAGGCUCGGUCUCUAAAAGAAACACAAAGAAAAAAAGUAACCUUUUUCUCGAUCCUGCAGCCAGAGGCUUGAAAUCCUGCCUCGGUCACCUAGGGCGGUCCCUUGCUGGGUGAUCUACGGGUGCCGUAAAGGGUUGAUUGAUGUGGAGGGCUGAGAGUGUGCUUGGGAGGCCCACGCUGGGCGAGGUGAGCUGCAAUUACUUUGCAACUCUUAAACCUUCCACCCGGAGUUAGAAAUGACUGAACCUCAGGUGGAGUGUGUAGCUGCCCCAGGGUACACAAAGAGCCGGCCCAAGUUUGGAAGCCCCUGGCCGGCUAAACCCAGGAGUCACCCAAGAAAAAGUGACCCCACUGCCCUUCUCCCCAGGUCCCUCUGGCCUGCAUGCCAGGACUCGGUCACCGCCCUGCGCUUCCUCCAAGAGACAGUGGAGAGGCUGGGUCAGUCCCCUACCCAGGACACCCCGGUCCUGGGGCCUUGCUGGGACCCGAUGGCUCUGGGGACUCAGGGCCGCCUGCUGCUGGACAGGGAUUCCAAGGACACACAGACCCCGAUUAGCCAAAAGGACCGCCGCCUGCAGCCCCCGGGGACUCCCCCUGCCCCACUCCAGAGAAGGCCCCGGAAACAGCCGAAUCCCAGCCGGGGCACUGAGGAAGUGGACCCUGGGUUCGAGGGGGUGACUCUGACGUUUCAGAUAAAGCCAGACUCCAGCCUGCAGAUCAUCCCCACGUACAGCCUGCCCUGUAGUAGCCGCUCUCAGGAAUCCCCUGCAGAUGCUGUUGGGGGCCCUGCAGCCCACCCAAGAGGCACUGAGGCCCACUCAGCAGGCAGCGAGGCCCUGGAGCCCCGGCGCUGUGCUUCCUGUCAGACCCAGAGGACCCCGCUCUGGAGAGACGCCGAAGAUGGGACCCCUCUUUGCAACGCCUGUGGGAUCAGGUACAAGAAAUAUGGCACUCGCUGCUCCAGCUGCUGGCUGGUGCCCAGGAAAAAUGUCCAGCCCAAGAGGCUAUGUGGCAGAUGUGGAGUGUCCCUGGACCCCAUUCAGGAAGGUUAAACCCACCUUCACCCUGCUGAACCGCUUCUUCUGCCUCCAUUUCACCAGUGGGAGAAUGGGCAGAAGCAGCUCUCCUAGGAGGAUCGGGGAAAGAGCCAGCUUGCCUCUUCUCUGCCAUCUCCAGAUUCAAGGAUCCCAGGGGAAGACCCGGGCCUCAGGUGGCAGAGCCUGCCAGGGGUCACUGGCUCCUUCUCCAGGUGGCCUUGGCUGAGGCCCCCUCAGGAGACGCUCUCAGGAAGGAUGAGCAUUGUUACAGCAGGGACAAUAAAGUACAGAGAUACUCGGAGA